AUGAAAAAUUCUCUGGAACAAGCUAAAACAGAAAAACUUGUCAGGGAAGAGUUAAUCCAUAAGUGCCCCUAUUAUCGAAAUUGGCCUAGGCUUUCUAUAGAUGAGUUAACUGUCCACAUUAAAUGGAAGCGGUACCCUCCAGGACAUGUAUUGGUGACAGAUGGAGAGAUCAUUUCAUUUGUGGCUUACAUUCAAUCUGGAUUUUGUAACGUUUAUAGAGAAGUUAUUGGACUUGUAAAAUAUGGAAUUAGGAAAAUGAAAAAAAAGCGUAGGAGCGUUUUUAUGGGGAAACUUCAGGAGAAGGAAUCCUUUGGUGAGAUCAGCGUGCUGCUUCAAAUACCUUUCACAUGCACAAUCAUUACUGGAUCUGAAGUUGAAAUGGGAAUCAUCAAUGCUGAGGAUAUGCUAGAAUUAGAUUGGGUAACCCGGAAACUGCUGCUUCAAACAGCUGAGCAAACUUUUGGCUAUCUCACAGAGGAGGAUGUCCAGAAGGAAUACAUAUCACUACAACGACGUAAGGAAUGGAAAAAUUUCAAGGAUAAGGUGAUCCAGUCAUCUUUGGAUUAUCGAGGAAUUAAACCUGGAAGUGGAAAAUGGCGCCACCGUUGGAUAAGAAGAGAGAACUAUAAGAAAUCAGUUGCUGACAACUAAUUAUUAAGAAACAUCAGUUCCUGAGAAACUUGAAACUUCCAGUGUGGUUUAUGAGAUACUUGAUUCUUCUUGUCUUUCUCUUGGUCUUUUUUCAUUCUCUAUCAAAAUCAACCCUUUGCCUCCCUGUCUUCCUGCAAACCUCUUUUAUUUAUAUUAGGUAAAUUUAGGCUUCCAUUCCCUCAUACUUUCCACAUUCUGACCCUAUUACAUAUUUUAAUAUUCACAGGUAUAGAUGUGUUA